AUGGAGACCACAUUAAGCGAGACGUUCGUCGACAUCUUUAUUCCACUGUCGGCGGCUCUAGGUAUAGCGUUCGCUCUCUACCAAUGGGGUGUCGUAAGCCGGGUGAAGCUGACAGCGCCGUUGAGUGUGUACGGAUUGGAGGAUGGACAGUCGGAUAACGUGGACCAGCAGAUCGCCGAGAUUCAACAUGCCAUUUCCACGGGCGCGACGUCGUUCCUAACAACGGAGUACAAGUACCUAGCGGUAUUCAUGGCGUUCUUCAGCGUGCUCAUCUUCCUCUUCCUCGGCUCCGUCAACUCCUUCAGCACGUCGUGGCAGCCGUGCAGAGACAACCCCUCGCAGCUCUGCGCGCCCUCGCUCGCCAACGCUUUCUUCACCACCGUCGCGUUUAUUCUCGGCGCGCUCACGUCCACUCUCUCCGGAUACCUGGGAAUGAAGAUCGCCACCUACGCGAACGCGCGCACGACAGUGGAGGCACGGCGCGGAAUCGGCCCAGCCUUCGUGGUGGCGUUCCGGUCGGGCGCAGUAAUGGGCUUUCUUCUCGCAGCCAACGGGCUGAUCGUGCUGUUCAUCACCAUUGUGCUCUUCCGCCUCUACUACGGCAACGACUGGGCGUCGCUCUUCGAGACCAUCACGGGGUACGGGCUGGGCGGCUCCAGCGUGGCGCUGUUUGGGCGCGUGGGCGGGGGGAUUUACACCAAGGCGGCGGACGUGGGCGCGGAUCUGGUGGGGAAGGUGGAGAGGGGCAUCCCGGAAGACGACCCAAGGAACCCAGCGGUUAUCGCAGACAACGUGGGCGACAAUGUGGGGGACAUAGCAGGCAUGGGCUCGGACCUCUUCGGUUCCUUCGCAGAGUCCACCUGCGCAGCCCUCGUGAUCGCGUCCAUCUCCUCCCUGGGCCAGACGCACAACUUCACCGCCAUGUGCUUCCCGCUGCUCGUCUCCGCGCUCGGCAUCCUCGUGUGCCUCUUCACCACGCUCUUUGCCACCGACUGGUUCCACGUCACCGAGGCCCGGCAUGUGGAGCCGCAGCUCAAGGCGCAGCUGCUCAUCAGCACGGUGCUCAUGACGCCGCUCGUGCUGGGGCUGUGCUAUCUCGCGCUGCCGUCCUCGUUCACGAUCGUGGUGGCGGGGGAGGAGGCGGAUAAGACGGCGCAGAACUGGCAGAUAUUUUUCUGUGUGGCCUCGGGGCUGUGGGGCGGGUUGCUCAUUGGCUAUGUCACUGAGUACUUCACCAGCCAUGCCUACUCGCCCGUAAGGGACGUGGCAGACUCGUGCCGCACGGGGGCAGCCACGAACAUCAUCUUCGGGCUAGCCCUGGGCUACAAGUCCGUAGUCGUGCCCGUCUUUGCCAUCGCCGUGGCCAUCUACAUCAGCUAUGCCAUCGCCGCCAUGUACGGGGUCGCGCUGGCCGCCCUGGGCAUGCUCUCCACGCUCGCUACUGGGCUCGCUAUCGACGCGUACGGGCCGAUCUCGGACAAUGCCGGGGGGAUUGCGGAGAUGGCAGGGCUUGGGGCGGAUGUGAGGGAGCGGACGGAUGCGCUGGACUCUGCUGGGAACACCACUGCUGCCAUUGGCAAGGGCUUUGCCAUCGGGUCAGCAGCGUUGGUGUCACUCGCUCUGUUUGGAGCGUAUGUGAGCCGCGCACAGGUCACCAACAUCCUCAUCACCAACCCUCAGACGUUCGUGGGGCUGCUGGUGGGCGCCACGCUGCCGUACUGGUUCAGUGCCAUGACCAUGAAGAGCGUUGGCAAGGCAGCUUGCAUACUGAACAUCCCUCAUUUCCCCUCUUCUUCCCUUCCCUUCUUGCUUCCACCUCUCCCUUUCCCCCAGACAUUUGUUGGGCUGCUGGUGGGCGCCAUGCUGCCAUACUGGUUCAGCGCCAUGACCAUGAAGAGCGUCGGCAAGGCCGCUCUAGCCAUGGUGGACGAGGUGCGGCGGCAGUUUGACACCAUCCCGGGCCUCAUGGAGGGCACCGCGCGCCCUGACUACCACAAGUGCGUGCAGAUCUCCACCAAGGCGUCGCUCAAUGAAAUGCUGCCACCUGGCGCGCUCGUGCUCCUCGCGCCAAUCAUCACGGGGGUUCUCUUCGGGACGGCAACGCUGGCAGGGCUCCUAGCAGGAGCGCUGGUGUCUGGGGUACAGAUGGCGGUAUCGGCUAGUAACACGGGCGGCGCGUGGGACAACGCGAAGAAAUACAUCGAAGCGGGGAUGUCAGAGCACGCGCAGUCGCUGGGACCGAAGGGUUCAGAGGCGCACAAGGCAGCGGUGAUUGGGGAUACGGUGGGGGAUCCUCUCAAGGAUACAUCUGGGCCGUCGCUGAAUAUUCUGAUUAAGCUGAUGGCUGUGGAGUCGCUGGUGCUGGCGCCUUUCUUCGUGGCGCAUGGCGGGCUCAUUUGGGGCAAGUCCACGUGA